AUGAGUCCAGGUCAUGGACGAAAUGGAAUUCGGAAAAUGGAAUUUGGCACAAUGCAAUAUGAACACGUUUUGAAGGUGAAAUUGAUGGAAAUUAAUGCGUUUAAGGCUACCUUCGAGGCAGAGGAGGAAGAAAAAGAGGAGGAGGAGGAGGAGGAGGAGGAGGAGGAAGAGGAGGAG